AUGGAGGUGACGGCUCUUCAGCAGCCAACACCAACAGAGCCCAUUACCAACACGAUGGAGAACAACUCAAUGGACAUUGACAUGGACAUUGACUUGGGUCAUUUUCCUGAGGCAGACGUCAUUGAGACAGAUCAUAUCGAACAACCAGGUUUCACAGCGGAAAAUGGCGUCGUCGACCCCCUGACAGCCGAAGCGCACUAUGAAAAGGUCCAUAUUCGCGGUGUCGACGAAAUGACUACAGAUCACAUCAAGCAAUUCGCUUUAAGUUAUUUUCCCGAUGAAGAGGCCAGUCGAAUUGAAUGGAUUGAUGACACGUCUGCGAACAUGGUCUACUCCUCCAAUGAGGUUGGUUUGCGGGCUCUGACUGCGCUCACUCAGCUUGGCGAAGAGGACAUUUCCGCACUCCCCGCGCUACGUUUACGGACUGCAAAAACCUGUUUGUCGCAUCCAGAGUCGGUCUUACAAGUGCGAUCAGCGGUGAAGACAGAUCGCAAGAAACCGCGCGCUCACGAGGCUAGUCGAUUUUAUCUCAUGCAUCCAGAACAUGAUCCACGUGAGCGUUUGCGCCGCGAACUUGCAGAAAAGCGCCGUCAAGGUGGCAGACGUGACGAAGGCGACGGAGAUUAUCGUCGCCUUCGAUUUGAUGACCGUGAGCACCGUCGGCGUCGGAAUAGAAACGAUGAUGGGUUCACUGCGAGCAUGUAUGAUGAUGAUGGUGUUGCUCCGGAUCGACGAGGCGCUUCGAGCGACGAUUUCUCGGAAUCGGAGGCUCGUCGUCGGCCCAGAAGGGGCGCACGCCAACCGCAAGAACUUUUCCCUCAACGCAGUGGAAGUGGUAAUCGUGGCGAGUCUGGUCGACUUCGUGAUCGUAGUGCAUCUCCGGGGCGAGAUGAUUUGGACGCAUUGCGAAGAAGCGAUGACGAGCUACAACAGAGUCGCAGACGGUUCCGGGAACGUUCUCCUAGACCAGCUAGUGGCAGUCGCGCAAAUAGUUCUAAAGAACUAUUCCCCGCAGGCGAUAGCCAAGACACCAGAGAGUUGUUUCCGAAUAGGACAGCAGCAAGCUAUCUCAAGAAAGAGCUAUUUCCCGCUAAGACGAAUAGCAACCAUAGACGAACGGAUGCAUUCGAUGCUGCAGAUGAGACUGCUGAUUUGUUUGCGAAGAGGAUUAGUGUGCCUCUUGUUGAUGGAGCUCAUGAUCAAAUAUACAUCAAAGGAGCUUCUAAUGAUAUAGGCAUGGCUCUUCGCGGUCAUGCAGUCCAAGGAAACACACAAGCGGUCAAGGAACUUUUCCCAGACAAAUACAACACCAAUGCGGGCAAGGAGCUAUUCUCGAACAAACUGGAAGGACGUGGUGGUAGAAGACGACGGGCAGAGGAUAUGUUUCAAUGA